ACGUGUAUGGAAUUGAUAUGACCAAUGACUCCAAUUUUGUUGUAACAUGUGCUUAUGACAGGUCUGUGAAAGUCUGGGAUGUUGGCAGUGGAAAAUUGGUUCGGUCAAUGGAUGAUGUUGGGGAAGAUCCGGAGAAAGUUGUACUAUGCUGUGAUGACUCUGUAAUAAUUGUUCAUCCAGAUGAACACAUACUUGGUUAUGAUUUCAAAACUGGCACCCCACUGUACAAUAUACACUUAGAAGAUGGAAACCGUCUGUUUUGUGUUGGAGGAAAGAGCAACAGCAUCCUUGGAACCUUCCAUGAAAAGUCAGUGUCACUUUAUGCAGCUGACACAGGCACUCUACAAAAGACGGUUGUGUGUACUCUCCUUGGAAGAAAACAGGAAUUUGGUUUCAGUUCCCAAUGUGCUGGGAGUCUGCGAUACAUGGCAGUAGCUGAUGAUGACCAGCACUCGAUAUUCGUUCUUGAUCUCGAAACGUCACAAUUCAUUCAAAAGAAAAAGAUCUUCGAGAAGUUCAAAGAUAAAGAUGGUGAUGAAGACCAGUACACAAUUGACGCUCUUGCCCUUUCCCUCAGCGGUCACCGACUCUACCUGUCCGAGAUGUAUAAAAACGACCUUCAGGUAUACAACACAAGAACAUUGGAGCAGGAAUGUGUCUACCCAGGUAAUGAAAAAGACUCCUCUGAGAAGUUCAAGAUUACAAGAGAUGGGAAAACCCUGUACUUCCCCAGCAAUCACCAUGUUGUUUUAUGGGACUUAGAAACUGGAUCUAGAUCAACAGUUAUUGAACAAGGACAAGGCAUUACUGAUGUGGUGAUGAAGGACCUAACAACAGCUGUGUCCUUCAGCGAUGACAGGGUGGUUCGAAUCUGGGAUUUGACGAGGGAGGCAAAGUCUCACAGUGACGAUCAAGAAAACGAGGAAGACUCAGAGUGCCUUGAGAGCAAUGAUGAAACCGAUGCUGUGAAAGAGCACUCCGAAACCAAGAAGGACGGAAAGAAACAAAACCCCAUUAAAAUCAUGAAGCUGAUGACUCUGGCAAACCCACGAUAUGUGUUGUUGAAAGCCAGUGGAUCCAGGAAGAAAUACCUUCAGGUUUACGAUCUCCCACUGAAGAAGGUAGUCCGGCAUAUCAAAGUGGACUUGUCGCUGUCAACAGUUAUCCCCCUUGACGACAGCAUGCAAGUCCUAGUACGAGUUAAAAGAAAAUUGAAGGUUAUAGACCUAUCAUCUGGAACGAUCCUAAGGACGUUUGAAGGGAAACUGUCAGAAAAUAGUUCAGACUUCAUUCUAGUUGCUGACCAGAAAGAAGUGGCAUGUCCAACAAGAGGACGCAAGGGAAUCAAGUUAUAUGAUCUUGCAACUGGAGAGACGUUGGCCAUUAUGGAGUCAAACAAUACAAAGAGAUUUGAUGAAAUAAAGGCUGGUGAGAAAGGCACUGUCCUGUUGGCGGCUACAGAUGAUGGCCCUUGCUACGUGUUCGACGUUCUCAAACGGACAUGUUUGUAUGAGAUCAGUCCACAGCAAAUGAACAGCGAUUACAUCUACAUUAACGAUGCUGCAGUCACCGAUGACGACGCCUAUUUGGUAUGGCAGUCGAACACACAUCCCCAACAGGAACCUGAAGGUCGGAAAGACUAUAUAGCCCUGUGCUGGGACUUACAUAACAACAACCUCCACAAGGAAUUCUUUGAUUAUGAAUACUAUCAUAAAUAUGAAAAGGAUGAUGGCAACGAGGAUCUCGGGGUAGAUGUUUUAACACUGCUAAACAACAGGACCCUGGUCUGUAACCAUAACGAUGCGUUCAUUAGAGUGUACGAUCUGAAUACAGGAGAGAUGAAAAAGAGAAUUGAAGGACAUCCCAGUGCUGAGCUUUCAUUUGUCAAGGCUGGACCUUACUUGAUGUCACAUGGAACCUACAGUGAAGACAAUGUGAUCAAGAUGAUUGACAGGACAACAUUUGAGACCAUAGCCACCUUUUCACCGGAUUAUGACACACGAGAUUUAUCGCUCACCAAAGAUGGCUACCAUGUGGUAUGUUACUUCCGAGAGUUCAGGAAGCCAGUGGUGUGGAGUCUGGCAGGAGGAUCUGCAGAUGACCCAAACAGGGAAGCAUUCAAGCCUUUGUCCAGUUUCCCUGACAUCUAUGGACCUGACACGGUUCAACUAAAACUACAACUGGCAAUGAACACGGAUGAAGCUGAUGAUCCGGAUGACCUUGAUAAAGAGACAUCGAUGAGGUGGACAGUGACACCAGUGAUGAUGAUGAUGAGUCUCAAAACAAGAAGGAUCUCGACGCGAUUUCUUCACUUUCCGGUUUGUCAGAUUUGGACCUGA